AUGGUAGCAGCGCACACUUCUUCACAUUCGUCGGAAUCUGCUGAGUGGAUUAUUUGUCUGGAUAAGAGACCAGCAGAGCGCUCUGGAGCAGAUGUUGAUAUCAUCCUUGCACGUCUGAAAUAUGCAAAGGCCUUCGAGAGAUUCCACCCCGGUUUGCUGCAGCAGAUUUGCCUGUGUGGAUUCUACGAGUGUUUGGAGAAAGGCAUCACAUUGUAUCGCCAAGGAGACAUUGGCACCAGCUGGUAUGCUGUCCUCUCUGGUUCGCUGGACGUUAAAGUCUCUGAGACAUCACGUCAUCAGGAUGCUGUUAUUAUAUGCACACUGGGGACCGGCACGGCGUUUGGAGAGUCUGUUCUGGAUAAAACCCCCCGACAUGCCACCAUAGUGACACGGGAAUUCAGUGAGCUCCUGCGUAUUGAACAGAGGGAGUUCAGGUCUUUGUGGCAGAAAUAUCCUCAGUGCUUGGCUGGACUCCUCGCUCCACCCUACGGUGUGAUGGAGAGUGGUUGUAGUGCGAUAAGGAUGCCGGACAAAGAGAACAUCAGCAACAACUCAUUUGUUCCAGUCUCCAAACACCAGAAUAAGAAGUCAUUCAUUGAAAGCCCAGCCAAACCCAAUCCUAAAUGCAUUUCUCAGGUUCCUUCGGAGAAGAUCUUGCGGGCUGGGAAGAUUCUCCGUAACGCCAUCCUGUCAAGGGCGCCGCACAUGAUUAGAGACAGGAAGUACCACCUGAAAACAUAUAGGCAGUGCUGUGUGGGGACAGAGUUGGUCGACUGGCAAAUGCAGCAGAGCUCAUGUGUCCACUCUCGUAUCCAGGCUGUGGGCAUGUGGCAGGUGCUGCUGGAAGAAGGAGUUCUCAACCAUGUGGACCAGGAGCUGAUCUUCCAGGACAAGUACCUCUUCUACCGCUUCCUGGACGAUGAACAGGAGGAUGCCCCCCUGCCCAGUGAAGUGGAGAGGCAGGAAAGCCAGGAAGAGCUGCAGGACACCCUGCUCCUCCUCUCGCAGAUCGGACCUGACGCCCACAUGAGGAUGAUUCUGAGGAAACAUCCAUCUGAAAGAACAGCAGAUGAUUUGGAGAUAAUUUAUGAGGAGCUGCUCCAUAUCACGGCCUUAUCUCAUCUAUCCACCACUUGUGCUCAGUUUACGACGCAUCAUUUUCACUCAACUGUGGAGGAGACAGCAUCUCACACACAAGAUCAGACAGAUCUGAAAAAAACAACCUUUCAGUGUAUUCUACAAAAUCUGAGUCUUUAUAUGAUGAUUAUGUAUUUUAUUUAUUGUGUGAAGGAUGUGGAGGCAAACACGGUGCGUCUGAAGGAGCACGGUCAGGAUGUUCUGGUGUUGGAGAAGAGCCUCAGCAGCAGUCGAAGCUCUGUCCAUGGAGCCUCGUCCUCCCAUUACAAAUACAGGGUGAUGUCAGGGACGCCGGAAAAGAUUUUGGAGCACCUCCUUGAAAUGAUGCGAUUGGAUUCCCAGUUCGCAGAGUCAGAUUCAGCCUUGGAAGACUUUGCCCUCAUGCACUGUGUCUUCAUUCCAAACAGCCAACUGUGUCCCGUGUUGAUGGCCCACUACCAUGCCCAGGCCCUGCAGGGCUCUGAGCAGGAGAAGCUGGAUUACACACUCAACAACAAGCGCAGGGUGAUUCGCCUGGUGAUGCAGUGGGCAGCUGUGCAUGGAGAUCAUCUGCAGGAGGAGGACAUGUCAGUGGCCUUCCUACAGGAGUUUUUCAUGGCUGUGUCUGAUGAUGCCAAAGUGAUUCCAGCCCUCAGAGAUCAGCUCACAGAGCUGGAGAGAAUAGUAAAGCACAACACUGAAGCCAGAGUCUCACAGAAAAAGCACAAAGUCCUCCUGCGCCAGUUCAGCAUGGGCAACGAGAAGCUUCAGAAGCGUCAGCCCAUUAAGAGCCAUGAUGAAAUUCUGUUCAAAGUCUACUGCUGCGACCAUACCUACACCACAAUCCGGGUCCCCGUCGCCACCUCAGUCAGGGAGGUCAUCGGUGCUGUGGCCGACAAGCUGGGGUCAGCGGAGGACCUGCUCCUGGUCAACCUCAGUUCGGCAGGAGAGAAAAUGAUCUUCAAGCCCAACGAUGUGUCAGUGUUCUCCACUCUCAGUAUAAAUGGACGUCUGUUUGCCUGCAGACGGGACCAGUUGGAUUCUUUAACCCCUUUACAUGAGCAGGAGGGCCCAUCGACAGGGUCACUGUCCAGCUUUGAGUUGAUGAGCUCUAAGGAUGUGGCUUAUCAUGUGACCUCGUAUGACUGGGAGCUCUUCAACUGUGUGCAUGAGCUCGAUCUCCUCUACCACACAUUCGGGAGGCAAAACAUGAAGAAAACCACCGUGAACCUGGAUCUGUUUCUGAGGAGGUUUAAUGAGAUUCAGUUUUGGGUCAUCUCAGAGAUGUGUCUGUGUUCUCAGCUCAGUAAACGUGUUCAGCUUCUCAAGAAGUUCAUCAAGAUCGCUGCCCACUGUAAGGAGUACAGGAACCUGAACGCCUUCUUUGCUGUCAUUAUGGGCCUGAGUAACCCUGCAGUGAGCCGGCUCAGUCAGACCUGGGAGAAACUUCCCAACAAAUUCAAGAAGUUUUAUUGUGAAUUUGAAAACUUGAUGGACCCCUCCAGGAACCACCGAGCAUACAGACUGACAGUCGCCAAGCUGGAGCCUCCCAUCAUUCCCUUCAUGCCACUGCUGAUCAAAGACAUGACCUUCACUCACGAGGGCAACAAGACAUUUAUUGACAGUUUGGUCAAUUUUGAAAAAAUGCGAAUGAUUGCUAAUACAGUCAAGAUAGUGAGACACUGUAGGAGCCAACCAUUCAGGCCAGAUUCACCCUUGGCCAGCAAGACCCACCCGGAGGUUCGGACUUACGUUCGUCAGCUCAACGUGAUCGACAACCAGCGGACGCUUACUCAGCUCUCUCAUGAACUUGAACCCCGCAGGACUUGAGACCACUCAGGGACAGAGAUGUUCCACUCUCAUGCUGCUUCACUUCAUGACACCAUUGGAUGAACUAACUCCAGUACAGGCAAUCACCUGGAGGACCUUAUGUCAUAUCCCAUCACAAGAUAUUGUUUCAGAUGCUGUUACCCGACUCGCUCAGCCUUUUAUUACAGUAAUUUGUAAUAUUCUAACAACAGUAAUUGUCGCUGAAGUACCUCUCAUAUCACUGUGCUGCAGAUACCACCAUUAUCUCCAACUCACACAAGGACAGUUGAAAAGUAUCUUUGGUGGAUUGCAUUCAUCAGAAAACUGUGUGAAAUUUCAGAUGUCUACAUACAGUAUGUGAUGCUGAUGAUUUAACAAGUUGCCAUUAUAUUCCUGAUAUCCAGUUAUUUCAUAACUUUUGUAUCAAACCAUAUUUAUACACAUUUAAAUUUGUGAGAUACAUAUGUGUUGUAAAUUGUGUACAAAUAUUUAUUUUGACAUCAGCAUGCUGAGGAUCAUGAUUUUUAUCGA